UGUUUCUCACUCACAGUUGCCAGACGAAAAGGCAUCAAAGCCGUCAGUGACGGGGUAGAGAAGGGUACCCUCUAUGCACAAUCGAUCCGCGUGCACGCGUGAGCUAUGGAUAAGUAGGGACCAAUGUUAGGUCUGUAAGACAACUAGUGCGUUUGGCCUUCAAUUUCACUUUUCCAAAGGUUUGCAGCAGUAAGAAUUUCUAAGCACGUUGCCGGAAGACGUGCGCAGUGAACUUGUGUUUAAUUUAGGUAAUUGUGUGUUUCACCGGCUCAUGUUUCAUGGCAAACGUGCCCGCGGUAAGCGGUCGUGCAAGCCGAUUAGGCACACCGACUCUUCUGGGGGUUGGGCCGCCGUGUGUAGCACUUGGCGACCAGAAUCGCACCUUUCGCAGGCACCCUGGCAGUCCAUGCGUGCACGUUUGCCACUGCAGCAGAUACAAAGUACGCCUUACGAGCAACUCCAACAGGUGAACUCGACAAGGUUUACCCAUCCUCUGAUUCAAACGAGUGUUGCUCGACCGAACCAAAUAGACACUUCUCCUGUUACUGUACUAAGUGCGCAACAUCCGUCCACAUCAGGCAUUGUCGUCCCGCCUUGCAGCAAUGGCCAGCAUCAAGAUUUCAUAAAUCUUUCUUCACCGUCAAAUCCAAAUCUACCGCAAAACCUACAGGAAGGGAGCAGUAGUGCCUUUAAUGAUAUCAAUCACCAAAAGUCACUCCCCUUUGGAUCGAUAAUGGGGGUUCUUCUGUGCUCAUGUGGAGCCUCUCUGUGCCCUUCAUUUGGUAUCCACCGGUGUAACUGUGAUAGUCCUUUGGCCACUGUGAAUACCGCUGCGAAUAACAGUGACGGUAACAACACUGACAUAAGCAUUAGCCAGUCGAGACAUCCCCAGUCGACACCGUUUCAAAGUGGAAAUCACCAAGCUGGAACACCUAGCAAAAGUCGAAUUCGGGGACGGAACAAUCAGAAAAGCCAGCAGCUACAAAGGGUGCAAUUAAAACAGGAUGGUGCAUUAACAGCGCAAGUUCGACCCAUUAAUAGCAAUAUUGUCAACGGCGUAAAGCAGACGCGUGUUGUUACCACGACCCGGAAUGUACCUUGGCCUUUCUUCGGACGCAGGACUGAACAGCUUUUCGUGAGCGGGGGCACGGCAUUUCCGUGCGUUCAUAUACGGCCUGCAGAGCUUGUAGUCGACGUCCAUUAUUCGUUGGUGGUGGACCUUGUACCUCGCGACCCUCCAUUGGGGUACAAUAUCAGUACGCCAAGCGCUCGUUACCUGCCGCCACUAAAUUAUCUUACUGGUGCUACCUGGAUGGCCCAUCCAUGGAAGCUGCACCUUGAGACAAUUGUCCAUGCUGUUCAAGCUCCUAAAUUAGGUUCUCACGGGGUAGACAUCUGUCUGCCUGACGGAGAAUAUACGCCAGUAAUUAGACUGUUCACAACCAGAGCACAUACGGGCUUAACAGGAGGCCAUCCUUCGGACAUGAUUGAAAUUGGCUUGCGUUGGUACCUCACCGAUCACUCGUUUGUGAAGGCUUCUCUUCCUGGUGCCGAACAGCCCGUAUUGUUUCGUGCACGACGACCUCUUAGCUCUCAAUACCAGCAGAGCGGCGUUAUGCCGACAGUGAGAUCACCUGCACCUUCUUAUAUGUAUUUACACAACACGGGCGGAGUUUCCGCUGUUCCGCGUGGGCAUCUAACUGUUGUUGCUUCAAAUGCGGACCUACCUGCAAACGCAAAUCACGUUCCGACCGAACGCUGCCAUAGCUAUCUUAAGACCCGCUGGUUGUUAUCAUCCGAGGAAUCGCGAAACGAGAAUCUAUUGACGACCCCGUCGGCGAUAAGUGGGUCAGUGUAUAACACCUUAAGUUCAAAGUCAUCCUCUGUAAUCUACACACCCGAGUCCUUUGCUAGCGGAUCUUCAAUGAAUGCAUCGUCCGUUUUCUCGGAAGAAAUCGCUCGCAGUUCUAGCGCCCUGACAAAGAAUAGCAGUGCGCCAUUCAUGUCUGAAGAUCCAGCUCUAGUAAACCUGUUCAAUUCAUUUUUCCCUCAAGGAUUUUUCGAUGACGACCACAGGCAUCACCCACCUUAAUCAUAAAAUGAACGAGUUAAUGAAGUGAAAUCUGUAUGUAGCACCUGCGGUAGAGCGACCACUACCGUACAAUAGUAGUAACUGUAAUAGCAUUAGCCUUCGUGGAAGCUUCUGGAAGAUUGGAAUCUCUAAAGAUUCCAAUCUUCCGGGCAAGACACGAUAAUGGAACUAGUACGACGGGUAAUAAUCGGAAUAGCGAUAGCAAGUUUUUACAUUUUUGUUGCAAAUACGUUGACCACGCUAUAUAGAAUUGUGCUAUUGCAACUCUGCUGAGAGUGGCAUCAACUUAAGUGACCUUUGAAAAAGAGUAAAACCCAUUUAAAGUAACAUUUUUAAAGUAGAACCUACGAAAUAAGGUAGAACUGGCUGUUAAGUAACUGUGUAGUAAUAUUUUCACAGUGCUUAUGCUAUUGUGAUAACGGUGGAUAAAGUUAAUUGUAAGUGCAAAAUUAGAAAAGGCUUAUAACGCUGUUCGAUGCAACGGUAUAAUCCAAUCCUACAACAGUUAUAUGUGGUAACAUUAAAGAAAAGAUCAUUCGUUCAAAGAUAUUAGCUUGUCUCAUGAUACUGUAAUGGACAAAAUGGUACUCACUAAAUGUUAGAUUGUAUGGUAUUUCAAGAUGUAACAUUAUUUAUAUACUAUAAGCGUUUUGAGAAAGGGGAAAGCACAUAAUUUUAUGAGUGAAAUAACUUCUUUAGUUCGAUAUAGAAGGUUUACCAUGGCAUCUUUGUCAUUACUGACUGAGGUCUAUUCUUAAGCAAUUAUAUGGGAGAAGAGGUCAUUUGCGCAUCCAUAUCUUACGAUUUUAUACAUUUAGACUACAAUGAUAAUUUACAACGAAUGUUAUUAUAUAAUCCUAAGGUGUGACGAGUCAGUUCAUUAAGUUCAAAGGCAAACCUAGCAGUAACUAGGCAGGCUAUUAAUGAUAACAGUUAGAAAAGGAUGGGUCAACAAUGAACUACUCAAGAUGUAAGUGGCUAGAAAAUGUUAAUUUACUAUAUUAUAUGUCAAAUAGUAAGUGGUUCGUUUCUUAUACAAAAAUGAUAGACGGUACAAUAACUCGCUUAUUUGUCGAUAUAAUAGUCGACAAUAGCAGCCUCAUUUGUCGAAUGUUCACCGUACGUUAAUAUGCGCGACAUUUCAUUUAAUUGUCCUUUUAACACCAAUGUAGAUAUAUUGCCUUGGAAAACAGGAAACAAGCUUACAAUGUAAGCCUAAAAUACAAGAAAAAAAAUGUAAUUACUACUCGAGAAAGAAAAAUUGAAGCAAUCUGAAGAACGCUACCAAUAAAUCAUACCGAAUAUAAAUACGUUGUUAUUUCAUGUCGAAGUGUUGACCGAAAUCUAAAACCCUCUGAUAUAUCAAUAAAUACAACAAUGAGACUCAUAUAUUGGUCUAAGCGAUAAA